AUGUCCUUUGCAGAUAGAGAAUUCCCAAAGACCAUUUGUCUUUUUGACGUUGAUGGAACCCUAACUCCUGCCAGAUUAACCGUCUCUCCGGAGAUGAAACAAGUCUUGAAAGAAUUGCGUAAAAAGUGUGCCAUUGGUUUUGUUGGUGGCUCUGAUUUCUCCAAGCAGUUAGAACAAUUAGGUCCAACUGUCUUGGAAGACUUUGACUACUGUUUCUCUGAAAACGGUUUAACUGCAUACAAGCAAGGUAAAGCUUUACCAGCGCAAUCUUUUAUUAAUUGGAUUGGUGAAGACAAAUACAAUGAGCUAUGUAAGUUCAUUCUCAGAUAUUUGGCGGAUUUGGACUUACCUUUCAGAAGAGGUACCUUCAUUGAAUUCAGAAAAGGUAUGAUCAACGUUUCCCCCGUCGGUAGAAACUGUAACACUGAAGAGAGAAACGAAUACGAAAAAUUCGACUUACCAAACAAGGUCAGAGAAAACAUGGUUCUAGCCUUGAGGGAGAAUUUCAAGGAUUUGGACUUGACCUAUUCCAUCGGUGGUCAAAUCUCCUUUGACGUUUUCCCAACUGGUUGGGACAAGACUUAUUGUUUAAGACAUUUAGAAGAUGAAAAAUUCGAUACUAUCCAUUUCUUCGGUGACAAGUCCUACAAGGGUGGUAACGAUUAUGAAAUCUACACCGACGAAAGAACUAUUGGUCAUGCUGUCACUUCUCCUGAAGACACUAUUGCCCAACUAAAGGAAAUUUUUAAAUUCUAA